AUGUCGUUAUCCGAGAAAGUCGAAGGACUCUGUCGCAAUCCUCACAGUGUCUCGCAGGCACUGGCCGAGGACCCCUCAUUGUCACCUGGCGAAGCUGCAAAGAAGCUCUAUCAGCCUGACAACAUCUCUAUAAGCGAAGGACAUGUGCCUUCUACUAGAAAACCGGCGACUGAAGAAGAACUCGAGCGCGCAUUGCAAUGCGGAAAAUUUGUUGUACAGCCUAGCGAGCUGUUCCUUCGCGUCUUCCAUGAUAGCUUGAUGCCUCUGGAACAUGAUCCUCUCAUGGGUUGCUGUAGUCCGUCGUUGAUCGGUUCCUCAGGAACAUGUCCUUUGACCAUCGUAUCUGGAUUGCCUGACAUCUGCAGACACAUGUCCAACUUGAUCGCAAGAGCAGAAAAAGAGGUCUUGCUUGCAACAAAUUACUGGAUGGACUCUGAUGCUUCACGACUUAUCACUGAUGGCCUUAAGGAGCUCUCGAAACGUGCUGGCGCAAGAGGUGAACGAGCAGUCGUGAAAAUCAUGUACGACAGGGGCAAUGUCAAACAGGUUCUUGACAACCACCAAAUGGUCUCAGAGGACGAAUACACUGGCAAGAACAUCCGUCUGCCAUCCACCAAGGAAGCACCCAACCUUGACCUGCAAGUCUUGAACUACCACAGACCAAUGCUGGGCACUUUCCACUCCAAGUUCAUGGUUGUGGACAGAAAGAUUGGUGUUGUGAGCUCGAACAAUAUCCAAGACAACUCCAACAUGGAGAUGAUGUGUCAUGUCGAGGGUCCUAUCGUCGACUCGCUCUACGACACUUUCUUGAUCUCCUGGCAUAAUCAGCUUGAGCCCUCUCUACCAUCUCGAAACACACCUGCUGCUCUAGGAGGCUUACCAUCAUUCGACCAACCUUCGUUCCACGGAUUGUUCGAUAUGAACGGCAACUUGAACGUUCCGGAACGUGGCAACAGCCGUUCGCUGGACGAAGUCGCAGAGGCAGGCAAACGUCAAGAGCUGCCAUUGCAUGCUCCGGGCGACCCACACUACGACGUAGACAUUGCAGCUGAGGUCACCCGUAUGCAAUCAAUCAUGUCACCUCGUAGCGGUGAAACUGGUCCGGAAGUCGCAGCUCGCCAUCUCAACCGCGGCAGACGACUGGACGUCAAGGCGACCAUCGAAGGCGAUUACGCUCCAGGAGAGGAGAUGACACCCUACAUCCCGCAUAGAGUACACGACCUCGUGCCAAUGGCAUUGGUGAACCGCAAGCCGUAUGGCGCAACCAAUCACAACGGUGUGUUCAUGCCACAGAAUGAAGCUUGGCUAUCCGCUGUACGCAACGCUGUGUCCGAUGUCUUCAUCCAAACUCCCGACCUCAAUGCAGCACCUCUGAUCCCCGAGCUCCUGGCUGCUGUGCGCCGUGGAAUCAAAGUAACCUACUACGUAUGCCUGGGCUACAACGACGCCGGCGAGCUCCUUCCCUUCCAAGGCGGACACAACGAAGGUGUAGCAAACAAGCUGUACACAUCUCUCGGCAGAGACGAAGACGCAGCACGCAAUCUCCUGAACAUACACUACUACACCGCCAAGGACCAAGUCGCACCCAUCCACGAUAGCUUCAAACAGCGCUCUUGUCACGUCAAACUCAUGAUCGUAGACGGCCACUUGGGUAUCAUGGGCAAUGGAAACCAAGAUACCCAAUCGUGGUAUCACAGUCAAGAAGUCAACAUCAUGGUUGACAGUGCUGAGAUUGUCGGCAAAUGGCGUGAAGGGGUGGAAAGAAACCAAAACACUGGCAGACUGGGUAAAGCAAGCAAUGCCGAUGGUAUCUGGCGCGAUGCUCAGGGCAAUCAAGCUCCAGGAGCUAUCGGUGCCAACGCCGGCAAAAUGAGUUGGGCAAAGGGUAUUGUGGGUGCUGUGCAGAGGGUCAGAGGAGCUGGCGGUUUCUAG